UACUCGGGAAGCGCCCAUGCUCGUCGUCAACAUCCCGCAACGCGCCAGCGGACUCACGCACAGCUUCCAGCUAAUACGCGUGCGUCUGUAAUAUUCAUGAGGCGCGCGCCUUUCCCGUAGUGUGUGUUAGUUAGUGGCAGCAGCUGGCCACAUUUCUCCAGUGAGUCUGAUCGCAGAGGGAGUUUUUGUUGCGGUCCGAGGCUUGAAUGAGGUUGAUGCUGCUCUGUUGCACCUGGAAGGACGAACGCAUGGGAGAGGACGAAGCCGGAGGGAGGUUGCCGGAGUGUGCGGGAUGCAGUCGGCACAUCUAUGAUGAUCAGUAUCUACAGGCCCUCAACACUGACUGGCACACGCUGUGUUUCAGGUGUUGUGAGUGCGGGGCGUCUCUCUCACACUGGUACUAUGAGAAGGACGGCCGUCUCUUCUGUAAGAAGGACUACUGGGCCAAAUUUGGGGAGUUGUGUCAUGGCUGUUCAGAGCCCAUCUCCACCGGACUCAUCAUGGUGGCUGGAGAGCAGAAGUAUCACCCAGAAUGCUUCACCUGUCUAAACUGCCGAGCGUUCAUCGGUGAUGGAGACACGUAUGCGCUGGUGGAGCGUUCCAAACUUUACUGUGGCCAGUGUUAUUACCGCACCGUGGUGACUCCGGUCACCCUGCCCGACUCGCCCUGCUCCAGGAUCCCCCACACGGUCACGCUCGUGUCCAUCCCCGCCUCCACCGAUGGGAAGCGCGGGCUCUCCGUGUCCAUCGAUCAGGGCUCCAGUCCCAACGGAUACAGCCCCGAACACAAGCCCACCAUCAGAGUCUCGCAGGUGGACCCAGAGUGCAUCAGUCCAGAUGUCAAGAACUCUAUUCAUGUCGGCGAUCGGAUCCUGGAGAUCAACGGGACGCCGAUUCAGAACGUUCCUCUGGACGAGAUUGAUCUGCUGAUCCAGGAGACCAGUCGUCUGCUUCAGUUGACCAUUGAGCACGACCCCCAUGAUCACGGCUCCUCAGAGGACCAGGUGGACGGCCCCACACCCCUGUCUGAGGGCCCCAGUCCCAUCAUGCCCAUCACACGCCCGCCCAGCCAGGACAUCAACAACCUGCGCUCGCGCAUCAUCACGCGCAGCUACAGCAUUGAUAAAUCCCCGAGCUCCAGCAGCUCCCCGUCUCCUCUGUCCCUGCGGAAGGACAUCGGCCGCUCCGAGUCGCUGCGCGCCGUCACCAACCGCACACACCGCAUAUUCAGGGCCUCCGACCUCAUCCACGGAGAGGUGCUGGGCAAGGGCUGCUUCGGCCAGGCCAUCAAGGUGACUCACAGAGAGACGGGCGAGGUGAUGGUGAUGAAGGAACUCAUUCGCUUCGACGAGGAGACGCAGAUGACCUUCCUCAAAGAGGUGAAGGUGAUGAGGUGUUUGGACCAUCCCAACGUGCUGAAGUUCAUCGGCGUCCUUUAUAAAGACAAACGGCUCAACUUCAUCGCGGAGUACAUCAAAGGAGGAACACUGAGAGACAUCAUCAAGAACAUGGACGGCAGCUAUCCGUGGAAUCAGAGAGUGAGUUUUGCCAAGGACAUCGCCUCCGGGAUGGCCUACCUGCACUCCAUGAACAUCAUCCAUCGAGACCUCAACUCACACAACUGUCUGGUCCGAGAGAAUAACAGUGUUGUUGUGGCGGACUUCGGGCUGUCCCGGCUCAUGGUGGAGGACAAGAUCCAGGACAAACUGGUGUCUGGACAGCUCCCGGGGGUCAAGAAGGCUGACCGGAGAAAGAGAUACACCGUGGUGGGAAACCCGUACUGGAUGGCCCCGGAGAUGAUCCACGGAAAGAGCUAUGAUGAGAAGGUGGACAUCUUCUCCUUCGGCAUCAUGCUGUGCGAGAUUAUAGGGCGAGUGAACGCCGACCCCGACUACCUGCCCCGGGCCAUGGACUUCGGGCUGAACGUCAAAGGCUUUCUGGACGAUUACUGCCCGUCGGACUGUCCGGCAUCUUUCUUCCCCGUGGCGGUGCUCUGCUGCGAUCUGGACGCGGAGAAGCGGCCUGCGUUUGUGAAGCUGGAGUCGUGGCUGGAGAACCUGAAGAUGCAUCUGGAGAUUGGCCUGCACCUGGUGUCCGAGCUCGAGCUCAUCCAUCAAGACUUCCGGCAGAAACACUCGAGCGGGAAGAACGGGCUGCACACACACCCGGAGCAGCCCGAGUGACGCGGAUCCUCUCGCUGAGCAGAUCUGCUGGAGGACGCUCCUCACCGGACGUCUGCGCCCGUGGCCGGUGGGCCUAUGACUCCUGCAACAUAAUAACGCCCCGCCACUGAAAGGCUUCGGUCUGGACGGACGGCUUGAAAACGUCACCUCACAAGCACAGCUCCAUCAGCCGUAAUGCAUGUCUGUUGUGGCUUAUAGUGAUGUUCACGUCUCUUCCAGAUGACGCCAGUAGCCGAGGUCUUCGUUCUUAAGUACUGAGACCUGAACCGACCCCGGCACAUCUUCCUCGUCAGCGUCCUGUCCUCGUGUUCGUCUUCACACGUCAAGCUUCACUAAUAUCCCUCAUGUUACAUCAUAGUACGUAUUGUAAAUGUUUGACAUUAUUUUAUAUACUUAUUUUGCAUUGGCGUACUUUUCACUUGAGCACCAGGAAAAUAAUCAACUUCAGAGUGGAUUCCUGUCCGUGUCAUGAACACAUAAAACCAUGAUGCUUCUGUGUCCCAGUUCAGCCCUAUGGGUCAGGUCGACUCAUUUACUGUCCUCUUUUACCCCAAAAUCCCCCCCUAAAAAAAUGAUUAACUUUGGAUAAACUUAGCUAAAGAUUAUUUAACUCUUUCCCCGCGAGCCGGCGCCAGCAUUUUUGAUCAUUUUCAGACCUCCAGAAUAUAUUAUUGUAUGGUGAUCUGAACAUGCAGUAUAUCAAAAGAAAGAACAGACCCUCAUUUGAAUGUGGGUAAGUUUCAUAAAAAAGCAA